UGGUUCUCCUUCAGUUCCCCGGGCUGCGCCUGCUCCUCCCCCUCCUCCUCUCCUCCUCCUCCUCCUCCUCCUCUCCUCUCCUCUCAGUGUGAUGGUUCUCCUUCAGUUCCCCAGGCUGCCCCUGCUCCUCCUCCCCCUCUUCCUCCCCCUGUCCUGUGAUGCCUGUCCAUCAGGAUGUCACUGCUACAGCCUGACUGUAGAGUGUGGAUUUCUAGGACUCAGAGAGAUCCCACAGAGAGUUCCUGACACAACACAGACAGUAUUCCUGCAGGAUAAUGCUAUUGUCCACAUCCGUCGUUUGGACCUGUCAGGGCUGGACCGGCUGCUCUACCUCUACCUGCAGAACAACAGCAUCUCAGCCUUGGAGCCUGGGGCUUUCCUGGCUCAGGGCCCGCUGAUAGAGUUAGCCCUCAAUGGGAACCUCAUCCACCUGCUAACCCCCGACACCUUCACCGGCCUGGUCCACCUCCGCAUCCUCUACCUGGCGGCCAAUCAGAUCACACGGCUGCAUGAUCACACCUUUACUGGGCUGCAGAGUCUACAGGAGCUACACCUCCAGGAGAACAGUAUAGAGGUGCUGGGUGACCAAGCUCUGGCUGGACUCUCCUCCCUGGCUCUCCUGGACCUCAGCAGGAACCAGCUCCACACCCUCGGACCAGCCUCCCUACAGCCCCUCGUCAGCCUGCAGGUCCUCAGAGUCACAGAGAACCCGUGGCGGUGUGACUGUGCGCUCCAGUGGCUGAGGUCGUGGAUUGAUGCUGAGGGUCAGAGGUUUCUGAGCUGGUCAGAGCGUCGUCUGCUGUGUGCCGAACCCCCCCGCCUGGCCUACCUCAGUCUGCUGGAGGUGGCAGCGAACAGCCUGGUGUGUAUCCCUCCUGUGUUACACCUGGAGCCCAGCCAUCUCACCGUGCAGCUGGGAGAGAGUCUCAGAGUGGCCUGUCAGGCCUCUGGAUACCCCCGGCCCCUGGUCACCUGGAGAAAGAUCUCAAUGGGCAGGGCACUGCUAGGGCCCAGAGGACUGCUGCAGGAGCUGGGAGGAGAGGGGGAAGUGGAGGGGGGAGAGAGGGAGAGCUUCGACCCAGACACAGGAAGUGGAAUGCUGUACCUAAGCAACGUGACGGUGGCUCACGCCGGGCACUACGUGUGCGAGGCCUUGAACCCUGGGGGCGUGGCCCAUAUGACCUUUCACCUCGCCAUCAACAUGACAUCAUCAACCGCACUCUGGCCCCGGCUGCACUCCGCCUCGUCGUCCCUCUACCUGGGGGAGGUGGUCGGGGUCAACCAAGAGCCCCUGUACGAGGUGAGCAGUAUGGACUUCUCGGCUCUGGGCCCGGCCACUCAGACAGUCAUCGCAGUGAGCAUCUCUCUGCUGGUUCUGAUGGUUCUGCUUCUGCUGCUUAUGAUCUACAGUCGUCAGCAGCAACACAAACAGGUCUGGACGUGUCUUACUACUCAGUACACCCUUCAGCAUGUAGUACUAACUGUAUACUACUCAGUACACCCUUCAGCAUGUAGUACUAACUGCAUACUACUCAGUACACCCUUCAGCAUGUAG